AUGGAGCCGAUAAAGAAAGAUGCCAAAAGCAACCCCUCAGCCUCGGCUAAUCUCUUCUCGCAGAUAUUUUUCUGCUGGCUGAAUCCUCUUUUCAGUAUCGGAUCUAAGAGGAGACUUGAGGAGGAUGACAUGUUUAAUGUGCUUCCGGAGGAUCGGUCAAAGAAACUCGGGGAGGAGCUGCAGAGCUACUGGGACCAAGAGAAGGAGAAAGCAGCCAAAGAACUCAAGACCCCAAAACUCACGAAAGCCAUUAUCAGGUGCUACUGGAAAUCUUAUGCAGUUCUGGGAGUGUUUACUCUUAUUGAGGAGUCAAUAAAAGUGAUCCAGCCUGUGUUUUUGGGCAAACUCAUUAAGUAUUUUGAGAACUAUCGGCACGAUGACAUGGCAGCUUUAUCUGAAGCUUAUGGAUAUGCAACAGGCGUCUGUCUCUCCACCCUGGGCUUGGCUUUGCUCCAUCAUCUCUAUUUCUACCACGUUCAAAGAGCUGGAAUGAAAAUUCGCAUUGCAAUGUGUCACAUGAUCUACAGGAAGGCUCUAUGUCUUAGCGCUGCAGCAAUGGGCCAAACAACCACAGGGCAGAUCGUUAAUCUUUUGUCCAAUGACGUCAACAAAUUCGAUGAGUUGACUAUUUUUCUGCACUUCCUGUGGGUGGGGCCUCUGCAAGCCGCAGCUGUGAUUGGUCUGCUUUGGCAAGAGAUCGGACCAUCGUGCCUUGCUGGGAUGGCAGUUUUAGUCUUUCUAAUGCCGCUUCAGACCAUGUUCGGGAAACUGUUUUCCAAGUACAGGAGUAAAACCGCAGCCUUGACUGACAGCCGGAUACGCACUAUGAAUGAGGUGGUUUCUGGCAUACGUAUAAUUAAGAUGUAUGCCUGGGAGAAGCCGUUCGCCAUGCUGGUUAAUGAUGUACGAAGGAAGGAGAUCUCCAAAAUCAUGAGCAGCUCUUACCUGCGUGGCUUGAACAUGGCCUCGUUCUUUACAGCCAAUAAAAUCAUCCUGUUUGUGACGUUCACCGUGUACGUGUUGGUGGGAAACACCAUGUCUGCGAGUCGCGUGUUUGUGGCCGUGUCUCUGUACAGCGCCGUCCGCCUCACCGUCACUCUGUUCUUCCCUGCUGCCAUCGAGAAAGUGUCUGAAUCCGCCAUCAGCAUCCGCAGGAUCAAGAAGUUCCUGUUGCUGGAUGAGCUUGUGAAAAAUCACCUUCCGCUUUCUCAGGAGGAGAAGAAAGAGCCGUCGGUGGAGAUGCAGGAUCUCAUAUGCUACUGGGACAAGACUCUGGAUGCUCCAACAUUACAAAAUGUGUGUUUUACUGUGAAGCCGGGUCAGCUGCUGGCUGUAAUUGGUCCUGUGGGAGCUGGAAAGUCGUCUCUCCUCAGCACCGUUCUGGGAGAGCUUCCGGCUGAGAAGGGUGUGAUAAAGGUGAAAGGAGAGCUGACCUACGCCUCCCAGCAGCCCUGGGUCUUUCCAGGCACCAUUCGCAGCAACAUACUGUUUGGAAAAGAGCUGCAGCCACAGCGAUAUGAGCGAGUCCUCCGAGCCUGUGCGCUUAAGAGGGACAUGGAGCUGCUUCCUGAUGGGGAUUUGACAGUGAUUGGAGACCGGGGAGCAACUCUCAGUGGAGGACAGAAAGCCAGAGUCAACCUGGCCAGGGCUGUGUAUCAGGAUGCUGAUAUUUACCUGCUGGAUGAUCCAUUGAGUGCUGUGGAUGCUGAAGUGAGCAGACAUCUGUUUGAACAGUGUGUUUGUGGUAUUCUGAAGGACAAGCCCAGGAUCUUGGUGACCCAUCAACUGCAGUACCUGAAGGCUGCGAAUCAGAUCCUGGUUUUGAAAGAGGGGCACAUGGUGGCUCGAGGCUCGUACUCUGAGCUUCAGCAGUCCGGACUGGAUUUCACCUCUCUUCUGAAGAAGGACGAAGAAGAGGAGAGCGGCAGUGAAAAAGGAGAAGCUCCUCGAUCUCCACGCAGUCGCACCGUUUCCCAGAACUCCGUCCGUUCACAUUCUUCCUCCGUUUUGUCGGUGAAAGACGACUCUGAUCAGCUCCCGGCUGAACCUGUGCACACUAUGGCCGAGGAGUUGCGCUCAGAGGGAAACAUCGGCAUCCGCAUGUAUUGGAAGUAUUUUCGAGCCGGAGCAAACGUGGUGAUGCUGGUUUUACUCUUGCUGCUCAAUCUGCUGGCGCAGACUUUUUAUAUUCUUCAGGACUGGUGGCUUUCGUACUGGGCCACAGAGCAGGAGAAACUGGACCACAAUACCAACAAUACCAAUACCAACAAUACCAGUGCUGGAAACACGACUCAGCAACUUGACCUGAACUUCUAUUUGGGCAUCUAUGCAGGUUUAACAGGAGCCACGAUUGUCUUCGGCUUCAUGCGUUGUCUAAUUAUGUUCAAUGCUCUGGUGAGCUCAGCAGAGAUGCUUCACAACCGCAUGUUCAACAGCAUCUUGAGGACACCAGUGCGCUUUUUCGACAUCAAUCCCAUUGGAAGAAUCCUCAACCGCUUCUCCAAGGACAUCGGCCACCUUGACUCCUUACUUCCGUGGACAUUUGUGGAUUUCAUCCAGGUGUUUCUGCAAAUUGUCGGCGUGAUUGCUGUUGCAUCUUCUGUCAUCCCUUGGAUUCUGAUCCCUGUUCUUCCCCUGUUGAUUUGCUUCCUGUUCCUGCGCCGCUACUUCCUGCGGACAUCUCGAGACGUCAAGCGCAUCGAAUCCACCACUCGAAGUCCUGUUUUCUCCCAUCUGUCCUCCUCACUGCAAGGCCUGUGGACCAUUCGUGCUUUUAAAGCGGAGGAAAGGUUUCAGCAAACAUUUGAUGCUCACCAGGAUCUGCAUUCAGAGGCCUGGUUCCUGUUCUUGACCACUUCACGCUGGUUUGCGGUGCGUUUGGAUGGGAUGUGCUCUGUGUUUGUGACUAUCACAGCAUUCGGAUGUCUUCUUCUUAAAGACACUAUGAAUGCAGGAGAUGUGGGCCUGGCAUUGUCCUAUGCUGUCACCCUGAUGGGGAUGUUCCAGUGGGGUGUAAGACAGAGUGCUGAGGUGGAGAACAUGAUGACGUCAGUGGAGAGAGUAGUAGAGUACACAGAGCUGGAAAGUGAAGCACCUUGGGAAACUCAAAAACGCCCCUCUCCCGACUGGCCAAAUCGUGGCCUGAUAACCUUCGACAGGGUCAACUUCUCCUACAGUUCUGACGGACCAGUUGUUCUCAAGAACAUCUCAGCCAUGUUCAGACCCAGAGAGAAGGUUGGAAUAGUUGGACGGACUGGUGCAGGGAAAAGCUCCCUGAUUUCAGCUUUGUUUCGUCUGUCAGAGCCAGAAGGAAAAAUCCUGGUUGACGGAGUGUUGACCUCAGAGAUCGGCCUCCACGACCUCCGUCAGAAGAUGUCCAUCAUCCCGCAGGAUCCUGUCCUGUUCACAGGAACCAUGAGGAAGAACCUGGACCCCUUCAACCAGCACUCGGACCAUGACUUGUGGAAAGCUCUGGAAGAGGUUCAGCUGAAGGCGGCUGUGGAGGAACUGCCUGGAAAAUUGGAGACCGAACUGGCUGAGUCUGGAUCAAACUUCAGCGUGGGUCAACGGCAGCUCGUCUGUCUGGCCAGAGCCAUCCUGAGGAAGAAUCGCGUUCUCAUCAUCGAUGAAGCCACCGCAAAUGUGGACCCUCGGACAGAUGAGCUGAUCCAGAAAACCAUCCGUGAUAAGUUUAAGGAAUGCACAGUCCUCACCAUCGCACACAGACUCAACACCAUCAUAGACAGCGACCGCAUCCUGGUUCUAGAUGCCGGUCGGAUCCACGAAUAUGACGCUCCACACGUUCUACUACAGAACCAGAGCGGGAUAUUUUAUAAGAUGGUGCAGCAGACGGGAAAAGCAGAAGCGACGUCUCUGCUACAGACGGCCAAACAGGCAUACGCAAACCGCAGUCCGGCCCACCAGCUCAAUGGUUUUGCCACCACAGGAGAUGGCAGUUUGAUUAUAUUCGAGACUGCUUUAUAAUAGCCUGGAAGUGCCUGAUGUAAACGGGGCACAGCUUCCCCAGAAUCCUCCUCCUGCGCAGGACAACAGGCACAAUUUCUUCACCAAAGAAAACCCGGCUGACAGAGCCAAAGACACGUGCAUGAACGAUCACGCCAGAGAGGACAGAGCUGCAGGGAGACUUCAACACCAGCAUUUCUCCAGUUCAGUGGAGAUUGUACACCACUGUAUGUUAUGAUUAUUAAUACGUGCCUUAAUGUGUAAGUGUAGCAUCAGGACUGUUUUGGGCCAAAGAGAUGCUUGCCUUUGCUCAAAUGAAGCUAGACUUGUUUCGUUUUUUGCUGGUGCCUUUAUAGUGCAUGAACCUAAAACACUGCUGAUUCUAACAGCAGCAAUUAAGACCGUUAUAAAUAGUUCACCCCAAAAUAAGCACUCCAUUGUCAUUUGAAACCCGUGUGAGGUUUUUUUUUCUGUGAAAAGAUGCUUUGAAAAAUGUUGAAAACCAAAAAGUUUAAAGUUUAAUUUACAAUUUUCAAACUGCUUUGUUUAGAAUAUUUGCUUUUAUCGUCAACAGAAGAAAGAAAAUCGAAACAUUUAGCAAUAAUGACUGAAUUUUUAUUUUGGGGUGAAGUAUCGCUGUGCUGAGAGGGCGUCUAUUUGUUUAUUUAUUAAUAUUAUUAUUUUUUUGUUUUGACACUCCAUCUGCCUUAAAAAAAGUCACUUUUCAAUAAGCCAACAGAAAAUAAUGUAUCUGCUGAAAACAAUCGUUGUGUAGCUUAUGUUGUCGGUCACACUUUAUUUUGAUGGUCCGUUUGUUGAAUUUAGGUUGCAUUGCAUCUACAUGCCAACUAAUUCUCAUUAGAUUAUACGUAGACUAUUAGGUUAGGGUUAGUGUAAGCAGACAUGUACUUGCAAAGUUUCUUAUAGUCAGUUAUAUGUCAGUUGAAGGAGCAGUAUCAGCAGAUAUUAAGCAGACAGGCUACUAAUACUCAAAUGGACCAUCAAAAUAAAGUGUUACCAGGUUUUCUAUUGACUAUAGUGUGUCUUAGUGUUUGACACAAAGUUUGUGUGCGAUGCAAACCAAAUUAAACCUACAUUUGUGUCUUAAAUUUUAAAGUUGAUUCCCUUUUACUUAAACAAACAGCUUAUAUUUUUAUAGUUUUGUUUAGUGAAUUUGGAACUGAGAGAAUGAAAGGGAUGUUGAGUGAGUUGUUGUUUUGUAUUAUUUUAUUGUUUUAUUCAUGUUCAAUUUAUUUCCUUUCAUGAAAAGGAGAAAAGAAAGUUGCAGUAUCCACCAAAAUUGUUAUUCAUAUUAUUAUUGUUGAGUUUAGUUUAGCCCAAGGGCUAUAUUUAAGUUUUACCUCUGAAUUCAACGUUUUUUUUACCAUUAAAUGUUUGUUGUCAUCUCCUGUCUGUUGUGUUCUGUUUAAAAUGGCUGCAUGAUUUCUGCUGGUUGGAACAAUCAGUGUUCAACAGUCCAAAGAACAUGUUUGUGUUUUAUUUGUUAAACAUGUUUGCAAUUGUUCAGUCUUAUCAAAAUGUUAUUUUGGGAUUAA